CUCUCACUCGUCACUCGUCACAUGACCUGCACUCCUGUACGGUAGGCCAUAUUUGACAGUGGUACAUACUAGUUUAGCGAGGUGAGUGCGUGAAGAUCGCUCUCCAUCCGACGUUCACAUUUUGACAACCUGUAAAUACUCGUGAUCGAUUUGACCUACGAGUCUUGAACACAUCAUGACGGACGAAAAAGUAGACGAUUAUCCUAUUUACGCGCCUUUCUUCGGUGUAAUGGGCGCCGCCUCAGCCAUUAUAUUUUCUGCUCUAGGAGCAGCAUAUGGCACAGCAAAGUCAGGUACAGGAAUUGCAGCUAUGUCUGUUAUGAGGCCAGAACUUAUCAUGAAAUCUAUUAUUCCUGUUGUUAUGGCUGGUAUCAUUGCCAUUUACGGUCUUGUAGUAGCUGUUCUCAUUGCCGGUGGCCUAGAACCAACUCGUUAUUCCCUGUUCAAGGGUUUUGUUCAUCUGGGUGCUGGCUUAGCCGUAGGUUUUUCUGGUCUAGCUGCUGGAUUUGCCAUUGGUAUCGUUGGUGAUGCAGGCGUAAGAGGUACCGCUCAACAACCUCGCCUGUUUGUCGGUAUGAUCUUGAUUCUAAUCUUCGCAGAAGUAUUGGGUCUCUAUGGUCUCAUCGUUGCCAUCUAUUUGUACACCAAGUAAACAAAUUUUAGUAGCAAGAAUGCAAGAACUCGUCGCCUGCAACCAACAGCGCUCCCCGACUAUUAUAAUAUAUACGAUUUGUUUUGACAUUUUACUUAAACACAUUUUUCCAUGCAUACUCACAUCGACUCAUCUAAACAUCCUUCUGUAAUACUGUAUUCAAAUUGAUCUAUUAGAGAGUCCGAGCAUUCAAUAAGUACGUGCUCAUUGGAUGAAUAACAUAUUUGUCGAAAACAAAAUACUGCAAACGAUUAACAUGAGUACUAAGAGAAAUUGAUUAAACUAUUUUCAAUUGAAAAAUAAAUAAUUCAGUCUUGCAGGAAGAGGAUGUAUGUACAGAAGGUACGAAAAGCAAAAGGCGACAGGGAAAUGCACUAAAAAAGGAAGACCCAGAUAUCCCAUGCCGAACAUUUCUCUUUCACUGUAUAGUAAUCAUCUGUAGCGUAGUAUGACAUUGAAUUAUCAGCUAAGAUAAUCGGCUCUACUGAGUGUAUAAAGGAAAAAUGUUAUUGAUAAAAGAAUAUUUAGCACAAUUACAUAUAUUAAAUGCGAUAUUGAAAUGGCAGUAUACAGAUGGUGGAUAAACGUCUCCAACGACGUACGUCUGCAAGAGUAUGAAAAUUAUGAUAUCCGAUUAAGGAAAUGGGUUGAACACGCAAUUGUUCUGCGUGUAUGAAACAGCAUAAUAUACAAUGAUUGUACAAACUAUAUCUUCGAAAAAAGGGAAGAGGAAGAACGCAGAUAUUGUACAAUCAGAACUACAAGACACAAAGUAUAGUAUAUGGGAUGAAAUUUUAGAGAAGAGAACGAAGUGAUUGUGAGUAGAUAGUGGACAGAUACAUGAUAGUAUUAAGUCAAUUCAGAGGCUGCUGGGCGUAUCAGGAAUUUGCACUUAUUAUGAUUAACAAUGCGUGGUUCACGAAAUAGUUCUGGAUGACUGCAAAGGCCAGCAGUGAUUCCCCUGUUCGAGCUGAAAAUACACUUCUUUCGCGUCUCAUUGAAAAUAUAUAUACAUGCAUACAUACAUAUAUAUAUGUUCAUGAAAAGAUACGUUAAGACGAAGUAAGAUUCCAUACGUUCCAGCAGGUGUGUAUGACUAUCUAAGGAAACGGAGUUGCGAGAUAAUAAU